AUGGAGAGCCAGUACGCAGAGUGGUUUACGCGCAUCUCCCACGACAGAGACCUCUUUUUCCUUGACCCCACAGAGCUGGCGACUUUACAGUCCUACUUUGAAGGCAAUCUCCCUCUACAAGACACAGUCUCAAGCCUAACAGCCCCAACUGCACCUCAAUGGCAUUCUACCCAAAGCAGCAGGGUUUGGGCGAUGCUUCUAUCCAUAGCAGAAGACUACGGAGAAGCGCAUGAUCGCAUCAUAGCUCUGAUCGAAGCAUUGUUUUCUCUCCCGAGGCCAUCACAGCCUAAUGAGCAGGACUGGCCGGGCGAGAAAGAAUUCGGCUUUCCGCGGUGUUGGCGCGACAUCCAUGAUUCUUUAUGGGCUCGGGAAUCAGAGAUUGAGUCUUUGUCUGAUUCCGUCGCCACGAAGUGGAUAAACUACCAAGCGUUCACCGCACGCCUUCUGGCUUCGUCUCUUUUGAGUGCACAUGACAGGGCCUUAUUGAAUACAGUCGAUGCUCUUGAAAUGACGCUGGAGCUAAAGGAGCUCACAGUGAGACAAGAAAUUGAAAAUAGCUGCUGCUGCACAGUACUGGAUCUAUGA